GGGAGCCAGCAGCACCGCCGGUGGUACCGGGAUAAGAGCGGGAUGCUGUACCCCCUGCCCUACUUUGUGCUGCCCACGAAGGAAAAGGAGAGAUAUCCUCUUCCGCUCGACCUCCCGCCGCUCAGCGCCAAGACCCGCUGGCAUCUGCUGCGAGUGUCACCGGCCAACCUGCGGACCUACCAGACCUUCCCCUCGGGGAAGAGGGUCACCGCCCGCGAGAGGGCCGUGCGAGACAGCUUCUUCGAGUACCGAGCCUGA